AUGUCUACGGCACUCAAGAGGCCAGCCACGACGACAGCAUCGAUGUUAGUCGCAGCGGAGACGGCGCGGGUGACGCUCUCGUUCAAGGUCGUCGGCAACGGGCUCCACAAGAACUUCGGCAUCGGGAGGUGCAUCCGCUCUGCCCCCUUUUCCGUCGGAGGCCACAAUUGGUGUAUUCUAUACUACCCAGAUGGAUGCAACGAGGACUGCAAGGACUACGUCUCCAUCUUCCUCGAGUUCAUGAGUGAAAACACUGAGGCUACGGCUCUCCGCGAGUUCAGGCUUGUCAACCAGACAACUGGGAUCUCAACAUCCAUUUUAUGCACAGGUCAGGCGGUUCACAACGCUGCAAACACGACCUGGGGUUGCAGAAAGUUCAAGAAGAAGGGCGACCUGGAAUCGUUGGGAUACCUCAAGGACGAAUGUCUCGAGAUCGAGUGCGACCUCACCGUUAUCAAGGGGGACGACAUUGAUCUGCCACCGUCAGAUCUGCAUGAUAAUCUUGGCAAACUGCUGGAGUCAGAGGAGGGGGUGGAUGUGAUCUUCAAGGUUAAAGACGAGCUUUUCAGAGCCCACAAAAUUGUGCUUAAGAUGAGGUCGCCUGUCUUCAAGGCUGAGCUUACGAGGGACAAGAGAAAGCGAAUCAUAAUAGUUAAAGAUAUGGAGCCUCCUGUUUUCAAGGCAUUGCUUCGCUUCAUCUACACUGAUUCUUUGCCCUCUAUAGGUGAUCUUGAUGGCGAUGAGAAUGAUGAGAUGGCGAGACAUUUGCUUGUGGCUGCAAAUAGGUAUGGAUUGGUAAGGAUGAAGUUGAUGUGUGAGAGCAUCCUUUGCAACAGGCUUGCUGUUCAGAAUGUGGCUGCAACUCUAGCUUUAGCUGAUCAGUGUCGCUGCUACAAGCUCAAAGAUGCUUGCAUUCAAUUUAUCAGCUGA